CCAUACCAAAGAAAGACUACCAAUUCCUUUCAUGACUAUAGUGAAGAAAUUCCUUAUCACAUAAUUUGUUUUGUCCCUUUGGACGUUGAGUUUUCGACAAACCGUACGGACCUUAAUUAAUUGCUCGGGCCAUACAUCAGCAGUAUACAAAACAUUUUCAUUCAUUCUGUCAUUAACUGGAACUGGUAGUUGAGCAAUGGUACGUACUGAAUAAAGAUGGGUUUUUGCUACCUGCAUUUAGCAUUCUUUUAUAGUAUAUAUGCAUGUGAUGAUUCAAAGAGACUCAAAGAACCAAAAACUAUCAAGGUGGAAGUGCUAGUAACUCACUAAAAGGGUGGAGAACACAUGUACUCGUGUAACCACAUUCAUCAGGAAACGGAACUCGUGACAGUAUUUCGAAGUACUUAUUAGCAGAGUUUAUACAUAUAUUCACAUCCAUCUUGCAAGUAGUAACAGUUGGAUUAUUGAUAUGUACGAAAAGGGUCGUCGAUCGGGAAUAAAACUCGUGACGGUAUUUCAUGUUAUCGAAAUGGAGAUAAAUGUUUGCUGCCACAACAAUUAAGUAAGCCUCGAACUCGUUAGAAGUGACUAAUUAACUCGAUAACGACGUCGUGGAGAUAAUCCAUGUUGAAGAGAGAAGCCUUUUUCUAGUUACUCAAGCUUCCUACUAAUUGAACUAGUUGAUCUUUAAGGGGUACACUUAUAACUUGAACUAUUCAACCAUAACAAAGAAAUGUACAACAAUGGCGACCACAAAAAAAGAAAGUUUGAUUUCCAAAUAUGUGAGUAUUAAGAAGAGAUCAAGACUUUCCAUUACAAGAGAUGGAUCGAGCAAUAGUAUCGUGCGUACGUAGUUAUAUAGGAUGGCAUCAGCAAUAGCGUUUUUUUGACAUCCCAGGAAGAACAGUGAUCUCCACCAAAAAAACCCCGCUUCCAUCGUUUCCAUGGCUGCCGACACAAUGCCUGUCUGAUCUAAAAGAACGAAAGAAAGCAAGGAAAAGUAUACUAUAGUCUCCUUGCCUGCAAUGGCAAACAGUAUUAGGACGCCAUUAAAUAUAAUUAAACGUAGCCAUUUAUUUGCAAAAAAUAUAUACGAUUACUUUCCUUUUUAGCUCCAUUCAAUUUAUGCAGAUGUAUGAACUUAAAUAAACUGUACGUCUGUGCAUGGCAGGGCAAAAGAAGAGAGAGAGAGGGAUGAGGGUGGUCAACAGAGUCGUCGAGCCUCUUGAAUUUUUGACCAGCAAGUCAUGAUAAAAAUAAAGGAGGCAUAUACCCAUAGAAAUAGAAUCGAACAUCAUCUAAUGGAUAUGUCCCAUAAGGCCUAAACUUGAGUAUUCAUGAGGUUAGUUAAGAAAAACUGUCAUUUUUUUAGUAUAUUUGUUAGAUGACAUUUGUUCGUGGGUACGGAAAGUAUCACUGCCUUUUGAUAAACGAAUCACGUCAUUUAAUAAAUACAUAUUCUCGUAAUGCGUGGAUUAUUUUUGUAAAAGUGUUUCUAUAUCAUUAGUUAAUUAUUUAUAUAUAAAACGAUUAAGAUCUGUCUCCGACCAGCUAUCAGUAUCUCGAUCGAAAUCAAAGUAAAUGAACACACCUAGCUUUGAUUUCCAUAGGAAUCCAUUCUGGUAUUCAAUAUGGCGGCAACCAACAUUGUCAUUGUCCAUUGCACAAAAUUAUUGGCAAAGGGUAAUAAAUACAAGCUAGCCAACCAACCCUAAGCAAAAAAGAUAAAGGAAGAAGACCACCAUUUCUUGGGUAGCUAGUCGUUUGACUACUUGUCUCUUUGCGCAUGUAUAUAUAAGCACAAUAAGACUGGCUCUUGGGCUUGGAAUUAAUGUUGUUGCCAACCCUCCAUAUGGUUAUUUAGGCAAACAAAACGAGAAUCGUAGAAGGACAAAGUAGAAGGUGCAAAGUGGCAAAACCCAAUCUUCUGCCCCUUUUUUCGAAAUUUCCCCCUUACCCUCAUCACCUUUCUCUUUUAAGCCUUCUGUUCCUCCUGCUUCCAUGCUCUGUUCACCCCUGUCAGCGCCAACGACGUAGCUACAUUUCCAUUCACCCCUCUCUGUCUCUCUCCAAGCAAAACAAAACAAAAAGAUUGCCUUAGGAUAAGAAGGAGAAAGAAGGAACUCAUUCUAUUCCUAUCCUUACAUUGUUAGGUUCACGAGGAUGAGUUGUUUCAGCUAUACCACUAACGAGUUUCAAAUAAUACAUACAAUAAUGCUCAAAUUUUAACUGUAUUUAGAAGUAAAUUUACUUUACGAAACGACGGAAAUGGAAAUCCACGAGGGUCAUGAAUUGAGAUUAUGGAAUUGGCUAGUAAUAAAUUUCAUUCAUCAUAAAAAUUGGUAAGAAUUCAUUAUUUGCUUAAAGGAUUUUGUGGUACAGAAUUUGUGCAGCACAUGGAUUUGGAGUGUUCAAAUUUUUGGUAUCCACAAACUUUGCAAAUCUUACGUUUAUAGGUGGGAUAUGAGAGAUGGUCACAAGUCCGUGAUGGGAUAUUACCCGUAUAUCCCCACCUAAUUUCGGUACUCCCUGCCUGCCCACAUUUAGGGAUAAGCAGAUAACAAUAGAUCAAUUAUUAAAUGAUGAUAGUAAGAUAAUUGUAUUCAGUACAUACAAAUCUAAUUAACCAAAAUCCUUUCAUCAAACUCAGCAGCAAGCAAACAACUUUUUUUUACAAAUCCAUCAACAAAACACGUUCAUAUUUUCAAAUCCAGCAAACAAAGCACCCCUAUAUCAAGGUAGAGAAAUAAAAAAUAAAAAUGAAGAGAGAAUCCCCAUGGUACCCUUUCAUCGCGUGGGGCAUAGUACCCCUUGCUCUCUUCUCUUUCAUCCAUUUGCCUCUCUGCCCAUUUUGCAGCAGUUGGGUUGGGUGGUGCCCUUUGCUUCAGACGACUGGCUGAGAUGCAGAAGAAGAUGAGAGGGCCAUCAGUAAGUAACUAGUCUUUCUUUCUUUCUUUCUUUCUUUCUUCCAGAGGCUAACAGAAAGAGGACAUGACCUCUCCCUUAGCUUCUACACUGCAAACCACAUUGCCUACUUUUCCAAGUAGGGGAACGUUCCAUCCAUGCAAAUCCACAUUUAUGGGAUACCCAAAAUAAUAAACUCAUAUAAAAAUUGUCACAUUGUAAAAAAAAAAAAAUAAUACAGGAAAUGAAAAGAAAAACAGAAGGAGGAUGAGAGAGCUGAUCAUCUUUCACAAGAAGCAAGAGAAUGGGAGGAGGAAGAAAGAAAGAAGAAUACAAAAGAGAUGCACGAGGGAGGCCUUAAUCCACGCUGCCUCAGGUGCUGCUCCAGCCAAUGGGAUGCCUUUCUCUGCCUGCCAACCCCUUUGCUUUCCUUUCUCCUCUCUGGACCAUGACGUGGCUGCUUCAGAAAGUGAAUGAUUGGGCUAAAAUUCUCAGAAUGUGGGGGCACUUCUAAGUUUAUUUCUUCUUAAUUCUUUGGUACAUAUUUUGGGGUCAACUAUACAAACCCACCCCUAGACCCUAGCUAGUAAACUUUGAGGUCACUCAAAUUUGUUUCUUAAGAACACUAGUGAAGUAAUAACUAAUGUAACAAUCAUUUAGAGUUUUAUCGGUUGCUUCCUUCGUUCAGAUAAUAUAUAUCGACGUGUAGUCAACUCGUCCAAUUUAACGAUAAAUAAACCGUUAUACAGAUCAUUUCACUAGGUGGCUUUGGGUAGAUGAGAUGACUAAUGGCAGUUUUCCUUCCAGUAACUAGCUCCUCAACUGAGAAUUCUGCUUGAAGAUGUGAUAAGUUACGGUAACUGUUUAAUCUUCUACUAAUGCGUGAACAAUUGUUAGGACUGGGGGGGGGGGGGGGGGAUUAUGGAUAGGAACUUGAUCGGAUAAUCAAACUUGAUAUGGAUUACAAGACCUUUACAGAGGCGGACGACGUACCGUGUUAUUCACCCUAUAAUAUCAUUGAUGAACAAGCUCGAUGAAUGAUAAGUAACCGACCUGAACAGACCAAAUGGUCAUAUAUAGUUGGAUUGGAUGACUGAUUUGCUUGUCACCCAAAGUUGGGUGACCAUUGCAACAUACCCUUCUCAAAGUUUUCCCAUGGAGGUCAUAGAUAGCUAGAAGGGAAGCAAUGAGAGGGUGGGAAAAAUUGAAGAAUGGAGUUUGUCUUGACAAAAAAAGGAGGCAAAGUGGUUCCCACACCCACCCCCUCCAAGCUAGCUAGCUGUCUAUCGUGUUUGGCUGGAUUUUGAUGAUGGAUUGGAUGGGUAGAUAUGGACGGAUAGGAUUCAUGGACGUGCAAUGCAAAAGACGACGUACGUACACCUUGCAUGUAUUUUCUUCUAUAUCGUAAAAUACAAAAGUUGAAUAUAAUGAACGAGAAUCCAAAAGAACAAAUCAGAAAGGAAAAAAAAGAUUUACGAGAGAUAUUAGGGGACAAAAAGCUGUGUUGAUUGAUACAAGAAAAGAAGGGAGAGAGAGGGAGCCAUCAUCAUCAACAAGUCUUUUUCAUUUCUUUUCUCCAUCGAUUCUCUGUGGGUCUCUCUCUCUCUCCACGAACCCUUUUUUCUUCGUUGGCUUUGCUUCUAUUCCUAUGGCAGGCUGGGGAACAGAGCAACCUUGUUGCCCAAAAGAUUCAACGUCUUUCCAUUACAAAGAAAGUUGGAUUGCAUGCCGAUGUCCAUUUAUGUGACUUGAGAUAGCAGGAGGGUUGAAGGAUGGCAACAUAUGCCUUGUGUCCAUGCUACAUUUAACCUUUUGAUUUGGGACUGGAUCGACUUCUUCCAUUAUGAGUUUAAUCCUAUUCCAUAAGAAUCAACAUCUCAAAUCAAUGAGAAAUAUCGUGUAAUGAUUUUUCUAUUGUUUAUAUAUAAAUCCACACAAAGGAAAAUCAAUAUGUGAGAUUAUUAGAGUAUGCAUAUUGGAUUUAGAUCCUGGUUGCAUACGUGAUUUAUAUUCUUAGAAUAAAAAGACAAAGAUCAAUAAAGCUUUUAAAAGGUCGAAUAAGGAUUUGAAUCAUGUCUUGCUUGAAACGGCAUCAAUUAGGUGUUUCUGUUUCACUAUUGAGCAUGUGAUGGUGUGGUGGGUACUGAGUUCUUUCCAAAUGGAGGAAAAUGAAUUUUUACUUUAAUUUGGGUUUCCACAAUGAUGAUCAUGUAUUUUUCUACUAUUACUAAUAAUGAUUGUGCACCGUAAUGUUUGUAUAUUGGUAGUAAAUUUGAACUAUAAUAUGAAAAUUAUAUUAUUUCCAUGAUGAAAGGUAAUUAAAGGGAGCUUUGAAGGGUUGGUCAUUAUGGCUACUCUAAUCAAAGGAAAGGGAGGAACUUUACCAUCAUUCCUACUAGUAUAUGAAUUCAUAUAUCAUGAUGACCAAAAUCAUUAUGGAAGGUUGUCAACCUUUGCAAAGGCAAUCAAGCCUAUUAUUAAGGAGAGGUGAAGGAUUGAUCAAAAAAUAUAUUAACAUGCGAUCAUAUUGAAUUCUGACGCAAUACAUGUUUAUACGAUUUUCAAUCGCCCAAUUUGCAGAUAAGACGGUGCCCGAGAUUGUUUCCAAACAAUUUCAACUCUUUCUUUAGAAUUAGAGUUUUUUGUUGUCCCUAAGACGGCUAUCUAAGUUGCCCGUGCAAUAACAUACAAAAUUCUCUUCUCUCUAUCGUGUAUAGAAUUGUAUCCAUUUUAAUUUGUAUUUUGUACAUAAAUAAAAUUGUAAUAUGUUGCUGUUUAAUUAUUAUCUUACGAUAGAUAUAUCUCAAGGGAAAUAAAAGCUUAGACAUUUCCCUCUUCCACCGUCGGGCUUAGGCCAGACAACAAAGAAGAAAACCCAUUCUGACCGGUUCCCUUUUUGGGCUUUAAUUAUUUCCAUCUUGUCAUAUUAGUCAUUAGUUAAUCCCAACGUUAUUCCCACAAUCCAUCCUCCAUACAAUAUUUUGCCAAUUUUAUUAGUUUAAUAUUAGAAUGAGACGAAAAAUAUAAAUGGAGUUACCAGCAGUUUUUUUUUUCUUAGGGAGGAGUUACCAGCAGUUCGUAAAGUAGAAGUCGGUAAAAAAAAUAUAAAACCCUAGAUGCGGAAAAAUGUACAGCUUUCUCUUACGUGGUUGCUCAUACAAUUAUGUGUUAAUGACUCUAACAUAUAUUCAAUCUGUAAGAACCAUCAUUCAUACUAGUAAUUUGUUCAAGCUUACUAUGGAUCAUAAUAUACCAAAGUAGUCAACACGAUAACUCUUCAUAUUGAUCGAAAACUUUGAUAUCACUCAAAAAGUUAUUCAAAUCAUGGAUUCCGAGUUUUGGUACUAUUCGAUGAGACUUUCUUGGUUUAAUAAUACUUGUCACUAUCCCACAUAAAUAAAUCAGAAAUCUCAUGUGUCCCAAAGAUACACAAUAUAAUGUAGCCAAUUGUGGGACCAAAAACUAAUUUGGACGGUCGAUUUGGACUUGCGAUCGAGUGUGUCCCAAUUCCAUCUAUCUAUCAUUUUCCAGGAUGAGAUGAGACAAAACUCCUAACCAUAAGUCCAACAACCAGCAAGAAGAGUAGUGAGGGCAGAUUGCAAGGUAAUAAGUUGGUAGUGCGUUAAUAUACAUGUUCCACACAUCUUUCAGAAGUUGAUCAUCAUGGCCAAUUUAAAAGUACAUCGGUAAUACAAGUUUUAACCAAAAUAUUAGCUCCGAUAAUAAUUUGAGUUGUUGAUAGAGAAAUGAAUAUUGCUUUAUUUCUAAGAAUGAUAUUCAGUUAGUUAAAGUCAAACUGAAUUGUCGAACCAAACACGUUCAAACAUUUUUGCUUUCGAUCUCUAAUCAUCACUUAAACUAUGGAGGUAAGAGGGUUAAUUGGACGUGGAAGUGGGAUUCAGUUAUAUCCCAAUUCGGGCAUUGGUUGGAGCGUUACUACAUCUGGGUUUGGUCAAGCUCAAUUUGGAAGAGACCCAAUUGUGCAAAGGAGGCAACACAAACCAGACCGAAGUAUAUGUGAUUUGAUUUGCUAAUUGUGAAUCAUAUUUUAAUUCGGUCCAACUAAACUAAAUCGCUUGAGCAUCAACUCCUUAGUUAUGUGGGCGAAUCUCCAUAGAUGUGAAGAUGAUAAUGUUGUAUCGCAUGUCACACUACUUACAAACUACCAUCGUAACAAUCCAACUACUUAGCAAAAUUCUGUGUGCUUGCCAGUUAAUAUAUGUCACAUAUAUAGGUGAGAGAAUAAAGUCAAAUGAUGGAUCGAUUGCUGGUUGGAAAUUUUUUUGAAAGGGCUACUAGAGUAUAGAGAGAUAAUCGAGCUGCCAUCUCAGCAAGCAGAAAGCUGAUGUGGAUAUGUAUAGUAGAUGCAUGUAUGAGUCAUUUUUCACUAAUCCAAUGAUUUGCUUAAUCAAUUGACAUAUAUACAUUGAUUUCAAUAUUUUUGGUUUGAUGUUAAAUUAUUUUCAAAGCACUAGUCUUGUCAACGUGUAUUGGGAGUGAGUUGUCACACAAAAGUAUGCAACGGGUUUUCAUUAACGUUAAUCAUGAAGCUUAAGAAAGUUAUGAAAAGGGGAAGAGGCUUUGUGAUUUGUGUGUCUAUUCUUGUUCUUCUAAAUUAAUGGUAUCUUUGUUUGAAUUAAAAAUAUGAUAAUAAUUAUUGAGAAUAUAAUAUUAUAAUGGAAUUGAAUCAAGUCGAAUCCCAUCAAGAUGAAGAUCGGCGACAGGUGUCUUCCACACAUAUGCCCGCAUUUUCCAUCUUUUCAUGUAUCUCUUCUCUAAUCAAAUUUGACAAAUCCAGAAAAAGUUGAAAGCCUUUUUUCAAGGCCCUCAUGCAAAAAAUGGGAAGAGCCCUUUACACAAUAGUUUCAAAUUCUAUAGAGGAAUCUGAUUAUUGUAGUAAGAUAUACGAAUUUAUUUAAUGUAAUUCAAAUGUAUUAUAUAUAUAUAUAUAUUUCAUGAAUAACUGAAAAUUUUUACAAGAAAUGAGCUCUCAUUCGCGAUAGUUAUGUUGAUAAUUAUUAAGUUUGAUACAAAUAGACGACAAAUUCCUCUCUUAAAAAAACAACUAAAUGACUAAUAAAUUAUAAAGUUCCGAUUUAUAAUAGUUAUCCAUUGCAAAUUUUUAAUGCAAGUAAGAUAAGUUCAUAACGAUAAUGUAAGCAGCAUUAUUCGAACGGAAUGUUUAUGGAGUUGUUGUAUUCAAAUUUGUAACUGGUUGUUGGUCAAGUAUCCAUCACAUAUAUAAUUUGAGUUAAUCAAGUUGGACACUGAUAAUUAGACAACGAGACCUAAAAUAAUGUAAUAGAUUUCCUGCCUAAUCCCUGCCAAAAACAAUUGGUAUUUUACUACUUUUAGAGUAUUAAAGUGAAGACAUAACUAAGAAAAGAAGGUGGGUUAUGGGAGGAAAUGCAUGGCUGGUUCAACUCUCGGGCCGCGGGAGAAUACUCUUUGGGCCACACACUUGCGACUUGGCAGAGCAAGCCCAUUAUUUCUCUAUAUUCCUAACAAGUAAAAGCCCAGCCCAAUGUUUUUUAUUAUGGGCAAGGUAAGGCGACACUCCACUCUCAAUUACUGCCGAAGCCCGCAGCACACUGGUAAGUGCUCGAAUUUGAACAUAAAAUAGUCACAUGAACCUUUUUUUUUUUUUUUUAUAAUAAUGCCUGCUUUAUAUUAUUAAGAAACUGCAGUCAACAAAGAAACAUCCUCUCUCAAGAGAGAUACAACACGGGUACGUAGUCUAUCAAAGAGAUUGCAGUUAACAAAGAAACUGCAGUCAACAAAGUAGCAUGAACCAUUGACGUUAGUUGCAUGUGAUAGCUAGCUAAUUCGAGUUUCGGAGUGUCAAGAAUCAAGAAGAUACGAACCUCAGUUUGUUGCGACCUUAUUCUAAAAGUUUUUUUUUAUCUAGACUUCGCAACGAAAGACAACGGUGUACAAUGUAGAUUGAAAUAUUGAAUACAUAAGCCUGAGUAAGCGGACCAAAAUUUAACAUCACUUUCAAUCAAUAGAAUUCACCAAACAUUUUGAUGAGAAGAGGGGAUGAAAACUCUUUGCCUACUUGCGUGAAUAAUCAUGAUGCAGCAAAUAUGAUCAGUAAGCAGUUAAGUUCAACGAGUUAAUUAAUGGUCUCAGCAAGCAACUAGCAAGACCAUUAACUAUUAAUUAAUUCUUCAUUAGGAAUUGCCGCUCAGCGCUAUGAAUUGAUUAUGGACUUGAUGCAAACUUACAACACGGAGCGGCUGCACGGGAUAUCCAGAUACUUUUGACACAGCAACCAUAUGAACAGUGUUAAUUUAACUACAACACGGUUUCAUCCGCUCAAACUUGAACAGUGCUCAAUUAGGAUGUAGAUUUUUCACUCGGAAGAUCGUUUUCUUUGGAGAUUUUUUGUUGUUGUAAUAAUUUGAUGAAGAAUGAAUGUUGUGAUUGAUUAAUAGGGUUUAGGUGGGUUUGCGCUUCACAGAGGGAGUCCAUGUGGACCGCCAAUAUAUAUGUUAUCCAGAAAAUAGGGCAUAUCAUAUCAAGCAUUUUAGGGUCCAUUCGUGUCCUUUUCGUGCAACAAAAACAAAGGAGGUUGAAUAUUUAGUGGCCAGAUUCUGAUAAAAUUGUAUGUAAGAGAUGAACGUUAUAUUAUUGUUAUUUAACAUUUGUAAAUAUUAUCGAGCAGCAAAUUUGACGUUGAAAAAGGUUAUACAAGACAAACGUUUUGAUUAUCCAAAAGUUUUGUGUGCAUUUGAAACAUAACUUUUGUUUGAAGAGGAUAUAAUGAGGACUGGUAUAAAUAGAGUAUUGAUUAAACAACAUAUGUACGAUUUUCAGAAAGAUUAUUGGUAAUCAAAACUUUUUAUUUGGAAUAAUUACGAUUUUUGGGA